AUGGCCAAGUCUGCCGCUGCCAAGGGCAAACAGAAGGCUGCGGCGCGCCUGCCCUCGCCCGCGCCGUCUGCCAGCUCAGAAUCGCCCUCGAGCGCUUCCGGCGAGGAAGACGCUUCGUCCUCGUCGUCCGAGUCCGGCAGGGACAGUUCAGCAUCGCCAGAGCCCGUGAAGAAGAAUAUUGUGCGGCCUGUAGCGAACGCGGCCAUCCGGAAGUACAGCCCGCCCGAGGGGUUCAAGGCGCUCAAGGCGAUUUCUAGCAAGAGCGCUCUCGACUGGGACGACGUCAAGGAGGACGAGGAGCUCGAGCUGUUUGCCGUCAGGGUCCCGGCAGGGCUGAAGGCGAAGCACCUCGAGGGAAUCGAGAUCACACUGCCAGCAGGCUCCCUCGCCGACCCCGUCCAACCCGUCGCGCACUUCUCGCACAAGAAGUCGGAGUACGAGGUCCGGCUGUCCGGCGCAUCGAGCGGCAAGCGACGGCGGGACGAUGACGAAGCGGGCGUUGCGGCGACGAGCGAGUUGCACUCGUUGAUCCCGCUCCUGCCGCGAAAGUCGCACGGGAACAAGCUGUACCAGGCCCCUCGCCCCAUCUCCCGCACCCUGACCAUCACCCGCGCCCUCCCGACCUCUGUCAAGUCCUCCGCCGCGUCCCUCUCCGAACUCAACGACGGCCACUCGACCCUGAUCAUCUCCCAGCCCUCCUCCGUUCCGGGCGCCAUCCUCACAGCCGACGAGCUGCUCGACCCUUCCAAGGCGAAGAAGCGCAAGGAGCAGAUCCGCGGAGACGGCGAGCGAGACCAGCCGGACGAGUUGAUCAAGUACCGUGCCGAGGGGUGCUUGCCUGGCACGAGUGGGCGAGAGGGCGGGAAGGGGAGGUACCACAACCCGGUCAAGCUGCCGGAACGGUACCAGCCUCCGGUCGGACUGGGCGUGACGGGCGACAUUCAGAUGGCGGAUGGUGAGGCGGGCGAGGCAGAGGAGGGCGACGCGCCGGCCGCGUCGUCUCCCGAGAAAGAGCAGAAGAAGCGGGAAAAGGCGGAGAAGAAGGCUCGAAAGGAGGCGAAGCGGGCGAAGGAGGGCGAGGGGUCGCCGAAGAAGAAGAAGGUCAAGGUCGAGGCGUGA